CCGUGCCUGUCUCACUUCCCUCGGUCUAGGUUUCGCUGUGUACGAUGGCUCCGGAUUCGGGUCCCUUCCCCGAAGGGCCGCUCUUAAAACUGCUGCCUUUAGAGGCCAAGGACCUGGGCACCCAGCGCUGUCGCCUGGGCCCGGCCGCCCUCCGCGCUCUGGGCGCGCACUUGGGCUCGGCCGUGAGGAUCUCGCUGCCUGACGGCGGCUCCUGCCUCUGCACCGCCUGGCCGCGGCGCGACGGGGCGGACGGCUUUGUGCAGCUGGACGCGCUGUGCUGCAGCCCCGGGGCGGCCGUGAGGGCGCCGGGCCUCCGGGGGACGCUCCGCCUGAACCAGCUCCGCCUGGUGCCCUGCCCGCCCCUCCGGCGCCUCACCGUGUGGCCGGUGUUGCGGGAGCCGGACAGCGCGCCGGGGACCCCCAGCCCCGCCGCGGUGCUGGAGGCGGCUCAGGAGCUGCUGAGGAACCGGCCGGUGUCCCGCGGCCUCGUGGUGGCGGCCCCGCCCGGGGCCCCCGGCCCGGUGGCGGCGCUGCACGUCAUCGGCGGGGCGCCCGACCCGGAGCCGGCCGGCCUGGUCACCCCGCGCACCAGCAUCAGCCUGGGCCGCGAGCCCCCGGCGGAAGCGGAGCCCCGGCCCCCGGUGCCCCUGGGGGGCCUCUCGGAAGCGGCCGACUCGCUGCGGGAGCUGCUGCGCCUGCCGCUGCUGUACCCGCGCGCCCUGGCGGCGCUGGGGCUGGCGGUGCCCCGCGGGGUGCUCCUGUCGGGCCCCCCCGGCGUGGGCAAGACGCAGCUGGUGCGCGCCGUGGCGGGGGAGGCGGGCGCCGAGCUGCUGGCGGUGAGCGCGCCGGCGCUGCAGGGCUCGCGGCCCGGCGAGACGGAGGAGAACGUGCGGCGCGUCUUCCAGCGCGCCCGGGAGCUGGCCCGCCGCGGCCCGGCCCUCCUCUUCCUGGACGAGCUGGACGCCCUGUGUCCCAGGCGGGGCGGCGCGCACCGCGCCCCCGAGAGCCGCGCGGUGGCCCAGGUGCUGACGCUGCUGGACGGCGUCGACGGCGACCGCGACGUGGUGGUGGUGGCGGCCACCAACCGGCCCGACGCGCUGGACCCGGCUCUGCGCAGGCCCGGCAGGCUGGACCGAGAGGUGGUCAUUGGGACACCCACACUUAAACAAAGAAAGGCAAUUCUGCAAGUGAUCACUGCAAAGAUGCCUAUCUGCAGUCAAGUGGAUUUGGACCUCCUCGCAGACAUGACAGUUGGCUACGUGGGCGCUGACCUGAGCGCACUCUGCCGGGAGGCUGCCAUGCAUGCCCUGCUUCACAGUGAGAAGAACCAGGACAAUCCAGUGAUUGAUCAAACAGACUUCCUUGAAGCUUUUAAAAAGAUUCAGCCCUCUUCAUUUCGAAGUGCCAUUGGACUGAUGGACAUCAAGCCUCUUGACUGGGACCAGAUAGGGGGCCUUGAAGAUGUAAAACUAAAGUUAAAGCAGAGUAUUGAGUGGCCCCUGAAAUACCCUCAGGAAUUUGUUAGGAUGGGCCUGACACAGCCAAAGGGCCUUCUCCUGUACGGCCCCCCUGGGUGUGCUAAGACCACCCUGGUGAGGGCCUUGGCCACAAGCUGUCACUGCUCUUUUGUAUCAGUGAGUGGAGCUGACCUCUUUUCACCUUUUGUUGGAGAUUCGGAAAAAGUCUUGUCUCAGGUGUUUCAGCAAGCAAGAGCACAUACUCCAGCAAUUGUGUUUUUGGAUGAAAUUGAUUCAAUCUUGGGAUCUCGGUCAGUUGGCAAAACAGAAUGUGAUGUUCACGAGCGUGUUCUUUCUGUUCUCCUGAACGAAUUAGAUGGCGUUGGACUUAGGAGCACAGAGAGAAGAGGAAAUAAAUCAGAACAACAGGACUUUCAGGAAGUUUUGAACCGCAGUGUUAUGAUUGUUGCGGCAACAAAUAGACCUGACGUGUUAGAUGAUGCCUUGCUAAGACCUGGAAGAAUAGAUAAGAUUAUCUAUAUCCCACCUCCAGAUGAGAAGGGCAGGCUUUCGAUUUUGAAAGUGUGCACCAAAAACAUGCCGUUAGAGUCUGAUGUUUCCUUGGCAGACCUGGCAGCAGAAACGUGUUUCUUUUCUGGAGCUGAUCUUACAAACCUCUGCAAAGAAGCUGCCUUGCUGGCUCUCCAGGAAGAUGGACUGGAUACAGCCACAGUGAAACAAGAACAUUUUCUAAAAUCACUUAAGACUGUGAAACCAUCCUUAAGUCACAAGGAUUUGACUUUAUAUGAAAACUUAUUUCAGAAACAAGACUUUGCUGACUUGGAGGAUAUUUAAAAAUGACAUUCCUGCUCAUGGAUUGGAACUUGGACUUGCUUUGUAGCUUACAUUUUUAUACUUUGGGAGUUUGUAUAUAUUUUAUUUCCUGUAAAUUAAAAAGAAAAGCCAUGUUUUAUAAA